GGCAUGAUGCACCCUGUGGGCCCAGCAAAAACGAAACUGCAAUGAAACCUGAAGAACAAGUUCAGCCCUUGACCAGAUAUCGACAUUUCCCUUGCAUCGCUAUAGGUAUAAUAAGGGAGCCCUCGCGUUCCAUUGGCCUUGGGACGCUCUUCUGAGGAGUACAACCGGAACGAUGUGCAUGUCCUGGUGCCUGCUGGCAGCGCUCUGCACGGGGCUAGCGUUCGCUCAAGAUGCUCAAGAACAACCUGUCUGUGACCGGGAGUUAAGCCGGAUCGCGCAAUGCUUCCCGAAGCACGUGCCAGAGUUAAUGGAACUUCGUCGUGGCAGUGUCCGGUACCUCCGUUCAGGCCUGCUGACCGGCUCCAGAGGCAUGUCUCUCGAAGCCGCCUGUCCAAGCACCUCCAGCGCCACCACGCUAACAGUCCUCCUUCCCCUCGAAGGCACGGCUCAGAUCUCUCUUCCGACCCUGCGGAACAUCCAGGUCUUCUUCGAUGGUACAGCUCGAGUCGUCGCAAACGUCAGUGUUACCAACGAGACCUCACCGAAAGUCAACGGUGUCGCGGUGGACAAGGUGUCUCUGAACGACUUUGAGCAUGGUGCUUCUGUGCAGAACAACACCAGGGCCAGGAAGUUUGUCGAGACAAUCACCAAGCUAGUUUUGAAAAGGGGACUGGAGGCGAACUUAGCAGCUUACUUUAAAUAUGCUCUUCUGAAAGCUAUUGCGGACGGUCAACAGGAACAAGACAGAGCGCUGAUCCUGGAGAAGAGGGUGUUUGUGUAUAAGCUGUUGGACAAAAUAGCAAAGACGAGGUUAUAGAAAUAUUUGAUGCUAUGUUAAGCAGGGUUUUAGAUGAUCUUGCGCCGGUGUUGUCCCCAUCCUUCGUCCUUGUCUUUUGUGCGCAUUCCAUGAUGUCCUGUGUCUUAGGACAUAGGUGACAUGUGGACUACAGGCGGGAGCUGGUCAUGUCCCAGCACUAAAACAACGGGCGAACGAAGACUUGGCUCAAAAAGUGAAAGUACAUAAAGACACCUCUUCCAUAGCUGGUCUUGCAAGUAUAGGGACACAUCAGGAUAGGGAUAAUUUAUUUUCCAAGUUUCCAAUCUUCAAACCGUAGCCCUUCCGAGGCACACUUCCGCAUGAGGCAAGAUGAACGUGAAGCCCGGAGCACUGCAUAAAACAUAUUGUACAAGAAUAGCCACUGAAAUAUUCUGAAAUAUUCAAAGUUGUA